UUUGCAGUGCUGGGUUUUAAUCUUUCAUGUGUGAAACAAUUAGGAAAAAACAGGGAUUUAAACUUAGCAGCAGCCUGUAAAGAGUGUUCUGCUAACAAUCACAAAUUUAGACAGCCUGGCAACUUACUGAAAAUGGAGUGGACCCUAAUCGUCAUCCUUGGUUGCUCCUUGGCUAGGAAUUCCUACGGAUGGACUUAUCAUUAUUCAAACAUCACCUUGAACUGGACCGAGGCCAGAAACUACUGCCAGACCCACUACACCGACAUGGUGGUGUUCCAAAGCCAGGAAGAGAACGACCAUGUGGUUAAACUGCUGCCACAGAGAGAAAAGAGCCCAUAUUUCUGGAUUGGAAUCACUAAAAACCACAAGAAUGAAAGUUGGACUUGGGUUGGGAAUAACAGCACUUGGAUUGGUAAUAACUCCUGGGCGCCCAAUGAACCCAACAACAACCACUUCACAGAGUUCUGUGUGGAGAUCUACGUCAACAAAGGAGAGAAAUAUGGAAAGUGGAAUGAUGAAAAAUGUGCCAAUAAAAAAUCCCCACUUUGUUAUAAAGUCCAGUGCAACGCAACAUCAUGUGAAAGGGGGAGAUGUGAGGAGACCAUAGAAAACACAACCUGCAUCUGUGAACCUGGCUUUAAGGGAGAAAGAUGCCAAACAGCCAGGAGGUGUCCACCACUGAACACUACCUCCCAUAGCUCCUUACGCUGCUCAGAUCCUCACGGAGAGUUCAGUUUUGGUUCACGCUGCACAACAACCUGUGAGGAGGGCUUUCUUCUGAAUGGGACAGCUGACAAUGAGUGCACCUCUCAGGGCACAUGGAGGACAAACAUUCCACUUUGUUUGGCUGUUGAAUGCCCCCCUCUGUCUCAGCCUUAUGAUGGAUACCUUAACUGCUCUGGAGGAAGCCAGGGGUACAACACAACCUGUCGGGUCAAAUGCAACCUAGGUUUCUUCAUGAUUGGCCCCACUGCUAUUACCUGUGGGGCCACCGGGGUCUGGAGUGGACCAAGACCUAUUUGCGCAAACUACAAACAGGCUCUAUUGGCUGUAGCUGGGUGUGGGAGCAUCUCCACCAUCUGCUGCUUCUGUUUUUGCUGGAUGGAGCACAGAAAAAGAAAGAAACUUGCCCAAGGAAGGCAGCCUGAGGAGGCAACACGUCCACCCAGCGGUGUGCAGGGAUGAACAACCGUGGAACAUCAUUUAUAUCUCCUUCAAAUGUUUAUUUACUCAUUUUAAUUGUAUAAUUAAUACAUAAACCAAAACACUUUGUCGGAUACCCAAGCUUUUAUCUAAUAUACUCACACAUUUAUUUAGUGCAUGAAAUGAUGUAAAGGUCCAUGUGACGGUGUAUCUCAAUCAUCAGUCUUGUACUAAGAGUAGAUUUUUUUUCACAAUAAACGUGAAAGUGUGAUACAUUA